AUGGUAGUUGACAGAUUCACAGAAACAAUGAACACGCCAGACGGGGCUGUAUUCCACCGAGCGUAUGCACAGGAUGACAGGGGCCUCGAAAACGAAGCUAUGGCCAUCCUCCUUGCAAGUGCUGUGCCUUCCAAUCCCAUGAUCGCGCUAACUGGUUUGCAGGAUGGGAAACAAUUGCUUCUCGAGAAAGAUCUCUUUUUGAGCGACCAUAUGGACUCGAAGACUGCGUCGGCAGUCUUGAUAUACGCAAAUGAAGGGAAAGGGUUUCUCGACUCGCGAGAUUCGAAAGGCAAAAUCGAUACACUGGAAGUAGGGCCAGAUACUGGUAAUGGUCUGAGAAUCCUCGUUUUGGAUGAAGGGCGUGAUACAUUCGUUCACCAAGACGUGCAGAUGAGGCGUUUCUUUCAGGUAUGGAAGGAUCGGAUGCCUGAAGAGGAAUCGAAGAAUUGA